UUAUUUUUAUUCGGAUUUAGUCGUGUUAAAACAUCACCAUGAUUACCAUAAUUAUAGUAUUGAUUGUCAUCGUUACACUUUAUCUUUAUAACACAAGAACUUUUAACUAACUAUUGGAAAAAACUAGGCAUAAAAUAUGAGAAGCCUACAAUAUUUUUCGGGACCAUGGGCCCGACAUUUCUAAAACGAAAAAAUGCCAUCUAAGGUUUCAUGGAGCUAUACAAAAAGUAUCCAGAAGAGAAAGUCGUUGGAUAUUUCAGAACUAGUAACCCAGGCUUACUGAUCAGGGAUCCGGAGCUAGUUAAACGUAUUCUAAUGACUGAUUUUGUACAUUUCUAUGAGCGCGGAAUCCAUCCUAAUAAAAUGGGUAUCGAGCCGAUCCUAAGCAAUUUGUUUUUCGCCGAAGGAGAAUAUUUGUGGCGUUUGUUAAGGCACCGCAUGACCCCUGCGUUCACGAGCGGCAAGUUGAAGGCGAUGUUCCCGCUGAUAGUGGAGCGCGCAGAGCAGCUGCAGGCGCGGGCGCUGGACGCCGCUCGCAAAGGCAAAGCCAUCGACGCGCGCGACCUCAUGGCGCGCUACACCACCGACUUCAUCGGCGCCUGCGGCUUUGGCCUUGAUGCCGGCUCCCUCAACGAAGAAGAAUCCGCUUUCAGGAAACUAGGUGCUGACAUUUUCAAAUUCGACCUCCGUCAAGUGGUCGUUAAUGUACUAAAAGAUAAUUUUCCGCGUUUAACUCGACAACUCAAGUUUUUGGGUCAUCUAGAGAACCAAAUAGUUACAGUAGUAAAUGAUAUCCAGAAACAAAGGAAUUACCAGCCUUCAAAUAGAAAUGAUUUUAUUGACCUGUUAUUAGAAUGUAAGAAGAAAGGCAUAAUCAAGGUAGAGUCAUUAGAGAAAGUGAAACCUGAUGGUAGCCCGGACUACGCGACUUUGGAGUUGGAUGACUUGCUGAUUGCAGCUCAGGUGUUUGUGUUCUUUGCCGCUGGCUUCGAGACGUCCUCGUCGGCUACUAGCUACACCUUACAUCAGCUUGCAUACUAUCCUGAAGUCCAAAGAAAAGUCCAAGCAGAAAUAGACGAGGUGUUAAGCAAACAUGAUAACAAGUUAUCGUAUGAAGCUGUGAAAGAUAUGACUUACCUUGAAUGGACUUUCAAAGAGGGUAUGCGAAAAUUUCCAUCACUGGGAUUCUUGUCACGAAGAUGUAGUAGGAAGUAUACCAUUCCUGAUCUAAACAUGACUAUAGAUGAAGGUGUAAUGAUUGCAAUCCCCUUGCAAGCUUUGCAAACUGACCCUCAGUACUUCGAUAAUCCGACUGAGUUCAGACCUGAAAGAUUUGACCCUAAAAAUAAAUUGGUGAAGAAGUUCACAUAUUUACCGUUUGGUGAUGGACCACGAGCCUGUAUUGGUUUCAUGCAGUCUCUGGCCGGUAUGGCGGCCAUCUUGUCCCGGUUCAGCGUGGAGCCGGCGCCCGAGUCGCACCCCGUGGAGCCCAAGUUUGACGUCGUGCAGAGCAUCAUCGAUGGAAUACCGCUCCGAUUCGUAGAAAGGAAGAAAGUAAAUUAAAUCAUAACAUAAGUAUUACAAAAAUUGUAUGAUUUUAA